AUGGAAGAUAUUCAAAGUCUAAAAGAUAUAUAAUCUUAAGAUAAAUAUUAAUCAGUAAAUAAUGAAAAUCUAAAUACAGGUUAAUAAGCAAAUGGUACUAAUGGUUAUUCAAAGCCAAAAAUAAAAUAAAAAAAGAAAAGAACAAAAUUAACAAAAGAAUAAUAAGAUGUAUUAAAAUAAGCAUUCGAUUUAUUCGAUACAGAUGGUUCAGGGGCUAUUGAUGAAAAAGAAUUAAGAGAUGCUAUGAAAGCUUUAGGCUUUGAAUCAAAAAAGGAAGAAGUAAAGGAAUUAAUUUAUUAAAUUGAUAAGGAUAGUAAUGGUACUAUCGAUUUUUAUGAAUUUUUAGAAUUAAUGAAAAAAAAAAUGUUAUAAGAUAAAAAUGUAGAAGAAGAAAUUGAAAAAGCAUUUAAUUUUUUCGAUGAAAAUAAUGAAGGAUUUAUUGAUUUCGAAAAACUAAAAAAAGUCGCGUCUGAUUUGGGCGAAGAUGUUUAAGAUAAAACUUUAGAAUAAAUGAUUUUUGCGGCAGAUUUAGAUGAUGAUUAAAGAGUUUCUAAAGAAGAAUUUAUGAGAGUUAUGAGAAAAAUGAAACUUAUUUGAUGUUUUUUCAGUAUGUAUUAUUACUUUUAAACUAUUUUAUUUUUUAUAUCAUCUGUAAUAAUUUUUUU